AUGGCUCUGCCGAAGGCUAAGGAGGUCGUUUCCUCCAAUCCUGGCGUCGUCUUCAGCAAAUCGUAUUGUUCAUACUGUGUGAGCGUCAAGAAGUUGCUCACUGAGCUCGGUGCCUCUUUCAAGGCCAUUGAGUUAGACACCGAAAGUUUUCAUUUUUUGAAGGUGAUGGGAGUGAGAUUCAAUCAGCGCUUGCUCAGUUGACUGGACAGCGGACUGUGCCUAAUGUGUUUAUUGGUGGCAAGCACAUUGGUGGCUGUGAUGCAACAACUGCCAUGCACAAGGGAGGGUACUUUAGUCUCAUUAGAGGUUGCUCUUACUGCUUUGGCUCAUGUAAUAACUUAGGAAUAUACCCUUUUUCAAGGCAAUACGACUGGCAAUGUUAGAUUGGAAACGAUAAAAAGCUUCAAACCUAUCCUUCCCAUCUGCCCACCCCUAACACGUCAAAAGAAUAUGGACCAGAAAUGCUUGGUAGAACGCAUAGACAAAUCCUUCGUUUUUUCUUUCGAGAUGAACUUAUGUUUGGUUGGGGUAAAUUUAAGUUGUAUAUAUUUCCUAGUUAGACCAGGUUAGGUUAUUUAUUUUUAUCAUAAUCCAGACUCAACCCAGAUCUCGUUCGGGCCAAAAAAUGAGCACAAGCCUAUCGCUUCGGCCAAAUAAUCUAGCCCAAACCCUGAAUUUUCUAGGUUGGUUCAAUUGAUCCGGACAGGCAAGGCAACCCCAAGCGCAGGCUGCCGGUGUAACAUAGAAUACUUCAUCUACAGAAUGUGGCAGCAGUGCCGACAAGCAUUUGGCUACUAAAAAGCUUCAAAACCUUGGCAAAGUUCCUUGGGGCUAGAGCUAAAGCAACAGCUAGAGAAGCAGCUCAUCAUAAGUGGUUCAGAUCAGCUCAGUAGCAACGGAUGAUAAAAGCAUACUAACCCGCACGGAUCACUUGGGCAGUUGAAUAACAGAAGAUAAGUAAUAGAUAAUUACG